ACGGAAUCGGGCUGACGACCCCGCGGGGGUCGGGCACCAACGGCUACAUCCAGACCAACAAGUUCUUCGUCAAGCCGAAGGCCGUCCCCGCCAGGGCUGACGCCUCCUAUGACGGCGCCGGCGCUCUCCCGGAGGGCGCCGUCCGGAAGCCCAACAAGGACAUCCUCGAGCACGACCGCAAGCGCCAGAUCCAGCUCCGCCUCCUCGUCCUCCAGGAAACCCUAGCCGAUCAGGGCUACACGGAGGACGAGAUCGCCGAGAAGCUCCAGGAAACGCAGAAGAACCUGGAGGCUGAAGCGGCCGCCGCCGCCGCUGAUGUACGUAGCGGUGCUCCUCCUCUCCCCGGCAAGAGGUAUCUUGUAGGAGUUCUCAUUCACAUGUAAUACAAAAGUGGGAAACCCAAAUUCUGCCCUUCAUAAAACAAAUGCUUUGCACCAGUUUCUCAGUUCAGUUUCCCAAGAAACCCUUCUCAAUGUGGAAAUCAUCCCAGCAUCUAUGCACAUAAUGGUACCUUACUGAUAGGUUAGGGACCAGUACAUUACAUGGAAAUACAAGGAUGGUUCCGAUAGUGAUAGCAGUAGAAGUAUUGAAUUGGAAAAGAGGAAACAUGGAAAAAGUGUGCGCAGACAUGAUUCUGAUGUCCGGAGCAAGAAGCGGCUUGGAAAAAGUGCACGCAGACAUGAUUCUGAUGUCCCAAGCAGUCAGAAGGACAAAAAAAGGGGUUUCAAAAUGCAAGGAAAGAAGAAUGAAAAUCAGCAAACUGAUGAUUCCGAUUCUGUUAGUGACUCAUCAUCAGAUUCUGACAGUGAAUCUGAGGAGGAAAAUGCCAGAAGAGAACCAGAGAAAUAUGUCAAGAAAAAUAGGAGGCAUGAUACUGAUUCAGAUUCAGACAGAAAUGCUCAGGACAAGCAAAAACUAGUGGGGAGGCAAUGGACAAAAAAUAAGAGACAUGACUCUGAUUCAGAUUCAGACAGAAAUGCUCAGGACAAGAAAAAACAUGUGGGGAGGCAAUGGACAAAAAAUAAGAGACACGACUCUGAUGAUUCGGAACCAGAAACUGAUGAUGAUGAGAAAAGCAGAAAGCAAGCAGACAAACAUCGCAGACCCAUUGGAAGGUACAAGAGCAGCGACUCUGAAUCUGACGAUCGAAAGAAAAAUGCCAUCAAUUAUAGGAAACAUGGAAAAAGCAGAAGAAGGCAUGAUUCUGAAGAUUCAGAAUAUGAUACUGAUGAUGAAAAGAAAAGGAGAACAAAGGGGACGGGGAAACAUGGUGAAUCCAGCAAAAGACGCAAGACCAAUGACUCAGACACUGACAGUGAAAAGAAAAUUGCCAUCAAUCUCAAGAAACAUGAGAACAACAGAAGGAGACAUGAUUCUGAGGAUCCAGAUUAUGAUACUGAAGAUGAAAAGAACCUAAAAAAAGGGAUGGAGAGUAGCAAACUAAGCAGAUGGCAUAUGAAUUAUGAUUUUGACUCUGACAGUGAAAAGAAAAAUAAGAGCAGAAAACAUAGUGCUUCUCAUGAAUCUCAUCAUGUUAGAUCAAGGAAGGUUGCUGAAGGGAAAACACGUGGUAACAGGAGAAUGGGGAGAAGGCAUGAUACUGAUGAUGAGAGCUCCUAUACUGAUAGUGGUAAUGAAACUGCUGACAAUCAAGUUGUGAAAUACAGUAAAUCUAAACAGAAGCAAGAUUCAGUGACUGAUGACAGUGGAAGCCAGAGCUCUUACCAUAGCAGUGACACAAAUUCUGAUAAUAGCAAUAGGCCCGUGAAGCAGGAUAGGAGAAAAACAGGCAGGCGGGAUAAUAACAGAAAUGCUGGAAGUGAGCGUCAAAAUGGUAAUGACAGUAUUAAGAGAGAAUACUCAGAUAUUCCAAAGAAGGCUGAAAGAACUAACCAGUUUGAAUCAAGGCAAGAUAGGAAGGACAUUGAUGACCAUGGAAGCCAGGAAGCAAAGAAAAGGAGAGAGGCUGUACAUGGUCGCCCAUCUGCUGGUGUACGGGAAUCGAAAUCUACUAGUGUUGGUUUAGUAGAAGGGGAGAGAAGGAGAGAGAGUGAGAGCAGAGGUCAUAAGAACUACCAUGGAAGCCGAGAAGAACGGAAGAGGGAGGACAACUCCAUAUUGCAAAAAGUUGGUGAUAAACGGGCAUUAGAAGAACAUGUAAAUGAAGAUAAGUAUGGUAGCAGAAGGUACAGUAAAGAUGAGCAGAGCUAUGAUGGUGCUAAGAGGAGAAGAUAUGAAGAUUCUCGGCAGCACCGAAGGCAUGAUAGGUAUGACCAUCGUUCCACUGAAGAUGCGGGCCGGCGCAGGCACUGAUGCGCCUGUUCUUGUACCUGAAAUGGUGAGGCAUGGCUUGUGGUAGAGAAUGAGCUUUGAAGCGUAAAAUUCUGAUGGCGUCUUUGGUUAUGUACUUGAUGUUGUAGUGGCUGCAAACCUGUUCCUGGCAGCACAAAAAUAAUUAAAACUUGAUUAGGGUGUUCCAUAAUAUGCUUGCACUUGCAACCAUGUAAUGGGGUCUAACUUGAUUAUGGUGUUCCAUAAUAUGCUCGCACUUGCAAUCAGGUAAUGUUCUAGGUUUCCUUCAAUGAGUAUUUUAUCCGAAUUACCAUUAAGAUUCACUAUAUGCCUGUGGCAGAACUGGUUCAGGAAUACCAUGUUUGUUAAAAGCAGCA